AUGGUCAAGGCAGUUGUUGCUGGAGCCGCUGGUGGCAUUGGCCAGCCCCUCUCUCUUCUUCUCAAGCUUUCCCCUCUUGUUGAUGAGCUCGCUCUUUACGAUGUUGUCAACACACCCGGUGUCGCAGCAGAUCUGUCGCACAUCUCAUCCACAGCCAAAGUUACUGGCUACCUUCCCAAGGACGAUGGCGGAAAGGCCGCCUUCAAGGAUGCUGACAUUAUCGUCAUUCCUGCCGGUAUUCCCAGAAAGCCUGGCAUGACCCGUGACGAUCUCUUCAACAUCAACGCCGGCAUUGUCAAGGGUCUCAUCGAGAUUGCCGCCGAGGUCGCCCCCAAGGCCUUCAUCCUGGUCAUCUCCAACCCCGUCAACUCGACCGUCCCCAUUGCCGCCGAGGUCCUGAAGGCCAAGGGUGUCUUCGACCCCAAGAAGCUCUUCGGUGUCACUACUCUCGAUAUUGUCCGUGCUGAGACUUUCGUUGCAGAGAUUGGUGGCCAGAAGGCCGGCCAUGAGCUCACCGUCCCCGUCGUCGGAGGACACUCUGGCAAGACCAUUGUUCCUCUCUUCAGCAAGGUCCAGCCUAGCGUUUCGAUCCCUGCUGACAAGCUUGAUGCCCUUGUCAACCGCGUUCAGUUUGGUGGUGAUGAGGUCGUCAAGGCUAAGGACGGUGCCGGUUCGGCAACUCUCUCCAUGGCCUACGCUGGCUUCCGCUUCGCCGAGAAGGUUCUGAAGGCUGCCAAGGGUGAGAAGGGUCUCAUUGAGCCCAGCUACGUCUACCUGCCUGGUGUGCCCGGGGGCAAGGAGGUUGCUGAGAAGUACGGAGUCGACUUCUUCUCUCUUCCUGUCGAGCUCGGCCCCAACGGUGUUGAGAAGGUCGUCAAUAUCCUUGCCGAUGCCAACGAGGCCGAGCAGAAGCUUCUGGCAGAGGCCGUUUCGGACUUGAAGGGCAACAUCGAGAAGGGUGUCCACUUUGCCCACAACCCUCCUCAGAAGUAA